AUGGACUGGCUCUGGCAAGCAGAAGGAAGAACUGACAACGACCACCGGGAAGGAGUUGCCGUCAUCAUCAGCAAGAGCAAGGCCAACACCGUGCUACAGUGGAAACCUGUGAACGAGCGCCUGCUGUACGUCAGGAUGAACUCCAAGUACGUCAAGUUGUCUGUUGUUGUGGGCUACGCACAAAUAGACAACGCGGAAGAAGAGGACAAGAAUGCAUUCUACGACGCCAUUCAAAGUGUUUUAGAGGACAUCCCCCAACACGACGUGCUGAUGUUGCUCAGCGACUUCAAUGCUAAGAUUGGCUGCGACAACAAAGACAGAGAGAGGACCAUGGGACGACAUGAAGUGGGUGUGAUCACCGACAACGGGGAGAGACUAGUCAACUUCUGCCAACAGAAGGGACCCUGCGGCAGGACCCAGAACCAGAUCGACCACAUCAUCAAUGGUCGGUGGAGGCACUCUCUGCAGGACGUGUGUGUGAUGCGACAUGCAGACAUCGGCAGCGACCAUAGUCUUCUGGUGGCCAAGGUGACUUUGAAGCUCAGGAAAUCCAAGACAGGAGACAUCAAAAACCAACGCUACGAUGUGGUCAACUGUAGACGAACUCCUGUCACUGUGGAAGAAGAGAAGCUGAAGAGAUGGAAGCAACACUUCGAGUCCAUCCUAAACCACACAGAUCCACCAACCCUAGCCGACAUUCCUGAAGCUGAAGAGGACCUUGACAUCAACCUUGGCAACAUCACUGUAACGGAAGUCAAUGAAGCCAUCCAUAAGCUGAAGAAUGGGAAGGCUUCUGGCGACGAUGGAGUGUGCCCUGAGAUGCUGAAAGCAGCAGACACAGUGACGCCGCAGCUUCUUUGCCAGAUUCUUCAAAAGAUUUGGGAAAGUGAAGAAGCGCCAAGCGACUGGAAGACCGGUACCAUCGUCAAACUGCCCAAGAAAGGAGACCUGGGGAACUUGGACGGUAUCCUUCGCCAGGAACAGGCAGGCUUCAGGAAAGGCAAGUCCUGCAUCGACCACAUCUUCGUCCCGAGGCAGAUCCUUGAGCAGUCCCAUGAAUGGAAUGGAUCCCUCUACCUGGUUUUUGUGAACUUCGAGAAGGCCUUCGACAGCCUACACCGAGACUCCCUCUGGAAGAUUCUGCGACAUUAUGGCAUUCCUCAGAAACUUGUCAAGGUCAUCAGGUCCCUGUACGAAAACUUUGAGUGCAGAGUCAUCCACAACAACCAGCUCACUGAACCAUUCAAGGUGGAAACUGGAGUGAAGCAAGGAUGUAUCCUCUCGCCGCUCCGCUUUUCAAUGGCAAUUGACUGGAUCAUGCGCCGCACCACAGAGGGAAGGAGGCAAGGAAAACAGUGGACGCUGACCUCGCUGCUAGAUGACCUGGACUACGCCGACGAUAUUGGGCUACUUGCUAGCAGGAACCAGGACAUCCAGCAGAAGACACAACAGUUGAAGAACACCAGAUUGGGCGACCCAAUCACCAUCAAUGGCCAGCCUCUGCAAGAUGUGGACGAGUUCAUUUACCUGGGCAGCAAGGUCACCACAGAUGGAGACUGUGCAAGGGAGAUCAACACGAGGAUCAGCAAAGCCAAUCAAGCCUUCGUGAUGCUGAAGCCCAUCCGGAGGACCACAAGUCUUAGCAUGCACACCAAGCUCUGCAUCUUCAAGAGCAACGUGCUGAGCGUCCUUUAUGGGUCUGAGUGCUGGAAGACCACUGCUACCAUCGAGCGCAAACUGGAAGUCUUCCAGAACAAGUGCCUGUGCCGGAUCAUGAAAAUCUUCUGGCAAAACAUGAUCACAAGCAUGACACUGCGUGAAAGAGCUGGCGCAAACAGCAUCGCUGAGACCAUCGCUUUGAGGAGAUGGAGAUGGCUAGGCCACGUCUGCAGAAUGCCACUGGAAUCGCUACCCAGGGUGGCACUGAGAUGGACUCUACAGGGGAAAAGAAACCGUGGACGACCGAAAGAGACGUAG